AUGACAGCCUUACUGGAUAUGACAAAUCAAUGGUGUUUUAAUAUUGAUAAAGGGAUGUUAAACGAUGUGAUUUUUCUUGAUCUAAAGAAGGCUUUUGACACCAUUGAUCAUGAAAUUUUGCAAAUGAAACUUGCAUGUUAUGGUUUGAAAGAGUGUAGUUUGGAAUGGGUUGCAUCCUACUUGACAAAUAGGGUACAAAUUUGUCAUGUAAAUGGCAUAUAUUCAAAUGAAGAAACCAUUUCCUGCCGGGUCCCACAAGGUUCCAUUUUGGGUCCGGUCUUAUUUUUGCUAUAUAUAAAUGACCUACCCAGUUGUUUGGAACAUGGAAUUGCCAGGCUAUUUGCUGACGAUACAAAUAUGACUUCCACAGGUUGCAAUUUGGAAUCAGUCGAAAAUAAAAUGCAGAUUGAGCUUAAUAAAAUAUUCAAGUGGCUUUGUGCAAACAAGUUGACACUGAAUAUUUUAAAGACCGAUUUCAUGGUUAUUGCUUCUCGACAAAAGCUAUCGGCCUUGGGAGACUCAAUAACAUUGUCAGUAAACGGUGUUUCAUUAAGCCAAGUUCGUUCG